CCAUCUUACACCCCAAACUUAAAGUUGGAUUAACUGGAGAGCAGAAGACCGUUUUCCCCCCCCACCUCUGUUGUUCUGCUUUGGGGGCGGGGGGUGAUGAAGCUUUGAUGGAGAGGGAUCCUGCCGGCAUGGUGUUGACACCAAUCCGGAGGCGCUGUGAGUUUUGCUGAACUGGGGGGGUGACCCAGCCUCUGCCCACCUUCAGCAUGAAUCCCGGCCCUGGGAUGUCCUUGCUGGUGCCGCCUUUGGUCAACUUCGUUGCCUGGCUGUUGAUGGGCUGUGCUGCGGAAAGUCCCCCAGAGUUCAUCAAGAGCCCUGUGGAUCAGAUCGGGGUCUCAGGCGGGGUGGCUUCCUUCGUGUGCCAAGCAACUGGAGAUCCAAAGCCCCGUGUGACCUGGAACAAGAAAGGGAAGAAAGUGAACUCGCAGCGGUUCGAGACAAUUGAAUUUGAUGAAGGUGCUGGUGCCGUCCUGAGGAUCCAGCCCCUCCGCACCCCCAGGGACGAGAACAUUUAUGAAUGCAUCGCCCAGAAUUCCGUUGCUGAGAUCACAGUCACCGCCAAACUCACCGUCCUGAGAGAGGACCAGCUGCCCCCCGGUUUUCCGAACAUCGACAUGGGCCCCCAGCUGAAGGUGGUGGAACGGACAAGAACGGCGACCAUGCUGUGCGCGGCUAGCGGGAACCCGGACCCUGAGAUCACGUGGUUUAAGGAUUUCUUGCCCGUCCACCCCAGCGCUAGCAAUGGAAGGAUAAAGCAACUGAGAUCAGAUACCUUUGAAGGUACUCCGAUCCGAGGUGGCCUUCAGAUAGAAAGCAGCGAAGAGACCGAUCAAGGGAAAUACGAAUGUGUGGCUAGCAACAGUGCCGGGGUUCGGUAUUCUUCACCCGCAAACCUAUACGUGAGAGAGCUACGAGAAGUUCGCCGCGUGGCCCCUCGUUUUUCCAUCCUGCCCGUCAGCCACGAGAUAAUGCCUGGCGGCAACGUGAACAUCACCUGCGUGGCUGUCGGUUCACCCAUGCCCUAUGUUAAGUGGAUGCAGGGGGCAGAAGAACUGACGCCGGAGGACGACAUGCCUGUUGGCCGGAAUGUUCUUGAGCUGACGGACGUGAAGGACUCUGCCAACUACACUUGUGUGGCCAUGUCCAGCCUGGGUGUCAUCGAGGCUGUUGCACAAAUCACCGUGAAAUCACUCCCCAAGGCACCGGGGACUCCUGUGGUGACAGAGACCACUGCGACGAGCAUCACAAUCACCUGGGAUUCGGGGAAUCCUGACCCGGUGUCCUACUAUGUUAUUGAGUACAAAUCGAAGAGCCAAGACGGUCCAUACCAGAUCAAGGAAGACAUCACCACCACACGCUAUAGCAUUGGGGGGCUCAGCCCCAAUUCAGAAUAUGAGAUUUGGGUGUCAGCAGUGAACACCAUUGGGCAGGGCCCCCCGAGCGAACCCGUGGUGACCAGGACUGGAGAGCAGGCACCGGCGAGUGCCCCGCGGAACGUCCAGGGCCGGAUGCUGAGUGCCUCUACCAUGAUCAUCCAGUGGGACGAGCCUGUGGAGCCAAAUGGGCAGAUCCGAGGCUACCGGGUCUACUACACCAUGGAGCCAGACCAGCCUGUCAGUAACUGGCAGAAACACAACGUGGAUGACAGCCUCCUGACCACCGUGAGCAGCCUUCUGGAAGUCGAGACGUACACGGUGCGCGUCUUGGCCUUCACUUCUGUAGGAGACGGGCCACUCUCAGAUCCCAUCCAGGUGAAAACUCAACAGGGAGUUCCUGGGCAACCAAUGAAUUUCAGAGCGGAAGCCAAGAGUGAGAGUAGUAUUUUAUUGACGUGGAGUCCUCCUCGCCAGGAUAUGAUAGUGAAGUAUGAGCUUAUCUACAAAGGAGAGAACCAAAAGGAGGUUUCGAAGACCUUUGAGCCCACCUCUUCAUUCGCUGUGAGAGACCUGAAGCCCAACACAGAGUAUGUCUUCCAGCUGGCCGCUCGCUCAGCUUUAGGCCUUGGGGCCUACACCCCGGAGGUCAGGGAGCGCACGCUGCAGUCUAAACCGUCUGCCCCCCCUCAAGAUGUAAAAUGUGUCAGCACCCGAUCCACGGCCAUUCUGGUAAGUUGGCGGCCUCCUCCGGCCGAAAGCCAAAACGGAGUGUUGGAUGGAUACAGCGUCCGCUAUCGAGCCUUGGACUCGGAGGACACGGAACCGCGAGAGGUGAACAACAUUGCCCCAACAACCAACCAGAUCCUCCUGGAAUCACUGGAGAAGUGGACGGAAUACCGCAUCACCGUCACGGCACAUACGAAGGUGGGGCCUGGCCCUGAAAGCUCACCAGUCGUCAUUCGUACUGAUGAAGACGUGCCUAGUGCCCCACCGCGCAAGGUGGAAGUGGAGGUUCUGAAUUCGACUGCCAUCCAAGUGUUCUGGCGUUCGCCAACCCAGAACCGCCAGCAUGGGCAGAUACGUGGCUACCAAGUCCACUACGUGUGCAUGGAGAACGGAGAGGCCAAGGGCUUGCCCCAGAUCAAGGAUGUGAUGCUGGCUGAUGCUCAGGAAAUGGUCAUCAGUGGGUUACAGCCAGAGACGGCCUACUCCAUCACCGUGGCUGCCUAUACGAUGAAAGGGGAUGGUGCCCGUAGCAAACCCAAGCUCGUUGUGACGAAAGGGGCAGUCCUGGGAAAGCCCAUCCUAUCUGUCCACCAGACUCAAGCGAACACCCUCCUAGUAAAAUGGGAACCUCCCUUGGAUGUGGAAGGCCAAGUGUUGGGGUACCGCCUGCAAUUUGGCCGCAAAGACAUCGAUCCCUUGGCUACUUUGGAGUUUGCAGCCCAGGAGGAUAAGUACACCGCCACCAACAUCCACAAAGGUGCCACGUACGUUUUCAAGCUGGCCGUGAAAAGUCGAGCUGGUUUUGGGGAGGAAGCAGUGCAGGAGCUCACCAUUGCUGAAGAUGUUCCCAAAGGUUACCCCCAAAUUCUCGAGGCGAGCAACAUCACCUCCAAAUCGGUGCAGUUCAACUGGCUGCCCCCUGUCUUGGCUGAGAGAAAUGGUGUAAUCGUCAAGUAUACUGUGGCCUACCGGGAAGCUGGAUCUUCCAGCAACCCACAGGAAAAAGAACUUCCCCCGUCUCCUGAGAACUCAUACAUGUUGAACGGCCUCAAGCCCAACACCGCCUAUGAUGUUAAAAUCCGAGCCCACACCAGUAAAGGCCCCGGGCCGUACAGCCCAACUGUCCAAUACCGGACAUUCCUUCUGGACCAAGUUUUGCCCAAAAACUUCAGAGUGAAGAUGGUCACCAAGACAUCAGUUCUGCUGGGCUGGGAGUUCCCCGAAAACUACAACUCUCCUAUUCCAUACCGGAUCCAGUAUGACAACAGUGGCAAAGACAUUGAGGUGGACGGCCGUGCAACCAAGAAGCUCAUCAUACACCUGAAGCCCCAGACUCACUACCGGUUCAUCCUGACCAACCGCGGGAAUACCAUGGGGGGUCUCCAGCAAACCGUGGAUGCCCGGACUGCAGCCAGCCUGUUGGGCAAGAAGCCAGAGGUGUCCAUUGGGCAUGACAUUGACGGCAACGUGAUGGUGAACUUGGUGGAUGCAAAGAGCCCGGAGGCCCUUGUGCAGGCUUAUUACAUUGUAGUGGUCCCCUUAAAGAAAUCCAGGAGCGGCCAGUUCCAGAACCCAUACAGCAGCCCUGAAGAAAUGGACUUGGAAGAGUUGAUACAGGACAUCUCCAGACUGCAGCGCCGCAGCCUCCGUCAUUCCCGCCAGCUGGACCUCCACAAGCCAUACAUUGCAGCCCGCCUCCCCUCUCUGCCCAACCACUUCCCCCUUGGGGACAUGAAGCAUUACAACGGGUUUGAGAACAAGCCCCUGGAAGCUGGGCAGAAGUAUGUCAUUUUCAUCCUGGCAGUGCUACAGAACGCAGAAGCUACAUAUGCAGCCAGCCCGUUCUCUGACCCAUUCCAGAUAGACAACCCUGACCCACAGCCAAAGAUCGACGGAGAGGAGGGGUUGAUCUGGGUCAUCGGGCCGGUCCUGGCCGUUGUUUUCAUUAUUUGCAUUGUCAUUGCCAUCCUUCUGUACAAAAACAAACCAGACAGUAAACGGAAAGAUUCUGAGCCAAGGAUCAAGUGCCUGCUGAACAACGCUGAGAUUGCCCCCCACCACCCCAAGGAUCCCGUGGAGAUGAGGCGCAUCAAUUUCCAGACCCCAGAUUCUGGUCUGAGCAGCCCUCUCAGUGACCCUGAGUUUGACUUUGAAAGUAUGCUCAACCACCCACCCAUCCCAAUUUCGGAACUGGCAGACCAUGCAGAGCAUCUCAAAGCCAAUGACAACUUGAAGCUUUCUCAGGAGUAUGAGUCCAUUGACCCUGGUCAGCAGUUUACGUGGGAGCACUCCAACCUGGAGGUGAACAAACCCAAAAACCGAUAUGCCAACGUGAUCGCCUACGACCAUUCUCGGGUCAUCCUGCUGCCUAUUGAAGGGAUUGUGGGCAGUGACUACAUUAACGCCAACUACAUUGACGGCUACCGGAGGCAGAACGCCUACAUCGCCACGCAGGGCCCCCUGCCAGAAACCUUUGGGGACUUCUGGCGGAUGGUGUGGGAACAGCGGUCUGCUACAGUUGUGAUGAUGACCAAGCUGGAGGAGAAGUCGCGGAUCAAGUGUGACCAGUACUGGCCUGGCCGGGGCACAGAGACAUACGGGAUGAUCCAGGUCACCUUGCUGGAUACCAUUGAGCUAGCCACCUUCUGUGUACGGACGUUCUCCCUUCACAAGAAUGGCUCCAGUGAAAAGCGUGAGGUCCGCCAGUUCCAGUUCACAGCCUGGCCAGAUCAUGGUGUCCCCGAGUAUCCAACCCCAUUCCUGGCCUUUCUCAGAAGAGUGAAAACCUGCAAUCCUCCUGACGCCGGCCCCAUCGUGGUGCACUGCAGUGCGGGGGUCGGCCGAACAGGCUGCUUUAUCGUGAUUGACGCCAUGUUGGAGAGGAUAAAACAUGAGAAGACGGUGGACAUUUACGGGCACGUGACUCUCAUGCGGUCGCAGAGGAACUACAUGGUGCAGACAGAGGACCAGUACAGCUUCAUACACGACUCCUUGCUAGAAGCUGUUGCCUGCGGAAACACAGAAGUCCCCGCCCGGAAUCUGUACACCUACAUCCAGAAGUUGGCCCAGAUUGAAGUCGGGGAACACGUCACAGGCAUGGAGCUGGAAUUCAAGAGACUUGCCAACUCCAAAGCCCACACUUCGAGGUUCAUCAGCGCCAACCUCCCGUGCAACAAAUUCAAGAACCGCCUUGUCAAUAUCAUGCCAUAUGAGACCACGCGGGUUUGCCUCCAACCCAUCCGGGGAGUGGAGGGCUCCGACUACAUCAAUGCCAGCUUUAUUGACGGAUACAGGCAACAGAAAGCAUACAUUGCCACCCAAGGGCCAUUGGCAGAAACCACAGAGGACUUCUGGCGCAUGCUUUGGGAGAACAAUUCUACCAUCGUGGUGAUGCUGACCAAACUUCGAGAGAUGGGUCGGGAAAAGUGCCAUCAGUACUGGCCAGCAGAGCGGUCUGCAAGGUACCAAUAUUUUGUGGUGGACCCCAUGGCCGAAUACAACAUGCCCCAGUACAUCCUCCGGGAGUUCAAGGUCACCGACGCCAGGGAUGGGCAGUCACGGACCGUCCGCCAGUUCCAGUUCACUGACUGGCCAGAGCAAGGCGUGCCAAAAUCUGGGGAAGGCUUUAUUGACUUCAUCGGGCAGGUACACAAAACCAAGGAGCAGUUUGGACAAGACGGCCCGAUUUCUGUCCACUGCAGUGCUGGAGUGGGGAGGACCGGAGUCUUCAUCACGCUGAGCAUCGUACUGGAGAGGAUGCGCUACGAGGGAGUGGUGGAUAUCUUCCAGACAGUGAAGAUGCUGCGGACACAAAGGCCUGCCAUGGUGCAGACAGAGGAUGAAUAUCAGUUCUGUUACCAAGCGGCGCUGGAGUACCUCGGCAGUUUUGAUCACUAUGCAACAUAAAAAACAAGCAGAAAAAGCCAUCCAUCUUGCGGACUCUUUACCACUUCAAGUCCCGGAAGGCCCCUUCCCAGCUGGAGAGGGGAGCGUGACCUUUUUAAAAACCACAAAAUGAAUUAGAAGAACAUUUCCUUUUUUUUCUCCCUCCAUUUUGGACACUCCAGUGGGGAAAAGAGGAGCAAACCAGGAAGUAGCUGAGGGGGGAAACCCCUCACUCCCCCUAGGGCUCCGGGACCCCCGUGCGUUUGUUUUGGGUUUUUGUUUCGUUUUUUUUAAGAGCCUGGACCUCAAGACCGAGGGGGGCGGCUCGGGAAGAAGGUUCCUUUUUAAGUGGCAAACUUGUUCUUACCUCAUUUGGUGUUCACGGUGUGGAAGCAACAGCAGAGUGUGGGCAGUGCGGAACUGAUCCAAACACUGAACAGAACUUUUUUAAAGAGAAAAACAAGGAAGUACCCUUGAGCCCCCCUGCCCCCCCAGACACAGACACCCCCCCCCCCUUGGAGAACAGCAGCCGGGUUUGGAAGAAGAGCCAAGAGAGGCUGGAGAAACAGCCCAGAGGAGGGGAACCGACUGUGGCAAUGAGGAUAUUGUUGUAGGCUUCAGUUUACAUACUAAUUUAGCUGAAAAUCUUUACAGGAAGUCACUUGCAGGUUUGCCAGAGGUCUGGGGCGGAGGACAGGGAUGUGGGGGAUGGGGGACAAUACGCCUAGAAACAUAGGAAUGACUUUUAUGCCAAACAAAUGCAUCCUACAAAAGCUCUCCCAGUGAAAUCUCUGUGCUUCAACAGGACUGGGGGGGGGGAUGGGGCGGGGGGGUUGCCACUAUGUGAAAGAGGGGGGGGGUGCCUCCCUCCCCCUCCUCCACUGUUUUCAUAGCUCAUCCUUUCAAUACUUGGAACAUUCCUCAUGUAUUCAGAUUCCUCCGUUUUCUAUUUCAACAAGCAAAACCACCAUGCAAUAAAGAGCCUCUAGGGACCCAAAAUGCAGGCUUUCUGAAAUGGGGGGGAUCUUCUUUUUUCCAUGCAUCUUUCCCUCACCCACCCACCCCCAAAAUAACUUUUUGUUCAUUCUCAAUUACUGCCCCUUUUCCAAUAUGAAACACUCCCGCACUCACAUUUCUGGUUCCGUUUGCACAUCCAAAUUAACUUUUCCUUUUGCAGCCGGAUCCUUUGUUGGGUGUGCCCCUCCCCCUCCCCCAAAGCCAAAGAGGGAAAUGGCAGGUUUUAGUGAGAGCCCCCUGUGAAGAGAGGGGCAGGUAGCAAGGGGAGGCCGUCUGCACUGCAAGCAGGAUUAGACCAAGGCAGAGGAAGGGGGGAGGAAAUCGCCUGCAAGUGGCUUUCUUUAAAGCUGUCGAUGUAACUUAGCAAGUGACAUUAAUUUUUUUUUUGCUUUUUUUAAAUAGUGUAUUUUUUCCUUUUUAAAAAAAUAUGUAAAAAAUUUACAAAAGAUAUCAAUCAAUGAAUUUACAAAAAAAUACUUAUUUGUUCAUAUUCUGUUCAAAGACAAGUCUAUUUUUUCACUGUAGAAAUGUUACGUGUAAUGGCUGUGGUACAUGAGAGACGCAUCAUGCGGAAAAAUACUACUUUACAUAUUACUUUUUUUUUUACCAUUUAAAAGAAGUUUAAUCUGCUCAUGUAUGAUCAACAAAAACUUGCUGCUUUUAUAUUUCUUUUCUCCCUUUCAAAAAGGCAUAUCAGGUCUUGGGAAGGGUGUUAGAGUUUAGAGGAGUUCAUUCAGGAAGGGCCCCUUCUCCUCCGGCCGCCAUAUCUGUAUGCCUGUUCUUCGAGGGACCAAUGGCAAACUGGGAGAUUACAUUUAGACACCCACAUCUUAUGGAAACUAUUGGAAUUUGGGAGCUGGGCCAGAACACAGGGAACCGGAGGGGCAGGGGGACCCCAGGGGGAAACACACGAGGGAUAUGGGACUGGCCUAGAAGGUGCUUCCCCAUCAAAGCCUGAGCCCACGCAGCUCGGGUCACAAUGCUCUGAAUGAGCCCUGUGGGAUGGUACAGUCCCCCCUUCAAGAAGUACCCUGUGCACAUCGGGCCCUCGUCUGCCGCUGGAGGGACGGGCUUGACUUGGUGGGCCAGGGCUUGUGCGGGCUUGCACGCGAGCGUUAGGAUCAAACGACACAUUAUGUUUCCUGGCCUUUUCAUGUGGCAGCAGGGGAUUUUCUCUCUCUUCCAAAUGUAAUUUUUUUGAGGGGAGCCAAGUGAAAACAGCAGGGGAGCUGGGAGUGGCAGUAAGAGCUCUGUGACCCUUUCCUUGCUGCUAAAAGCCACCUCAAGCCGUUUGUACCUUCACAGGGGCGGGGGGGGGGAGAAUAAGGGUACUUGGAAGGGUACCCAGUGGGAGGGUGACAGGUAGAAAAAGUCCCCCCUCCCCCUUUCAGAGGCAGGCCCAACAUAACAGAGUUUGAUCCUCCAGUUUUGAUGUACACAACAGAUGUUCAAAUCCCCACUCAGCCUUAAGAUUACUGGGUGGCCUCUGGCCAGUCACUAUCUCUCAGUCUACCCUACCUCGCAGGGAUGUUGUGAGGAUAAAAUGUGCAACCCUCCCCACAAGCUCUUCUAAGGAAAAUAAGGCAAGGGGGCCAGAGUGCUGACUUUAUUUGGAACACAUUUCAUCAUCUACAGCGUAUUCUCUGGAUUUCAACUGACCCCAUCACUGGCGAUAUAAAUGGUACUGAAACAGCCUGAAAGAAGGGCCAUUGAUUUAUACCCCUCCUCACUUUUGUUACUUUCCAGAGGGGAUUUGCACAACUGGUGGUGGGGGUGUGGAGCAACCCCCCCCCCCACCUCAGUGAUUACUCGAAAUACAGCAACAGCUUCUUUACGUAUGUCAUAAAGAAAGGCCAGCAUUUGGAAGGAGGCAGGGGGUUGCAACCCCUUUUUCUUUUCCCUUUUUAAUUUUUCUUUUCUCCCUCCUUUGUAUGGAAGCAAGGCCCCUGUUGCUAUCACACUGUUAUUUCAAAACAAAACCGUUUAAAGUGGUCACUCAGACCAUGGUGUAUGUAGAUAUAUAUAUUGACUUUGUAUUAAAGGAAGAUUGUCUGAAAAAAAUA